GGAGAAGUCCCGCCCAUUUUAAACGCUUUUCCUGCUGUUGCUGUUCAGUCUUGUCAUUCUGUUCCUAUUGACACAGAUUAUAAACUUAUAAUAACACUUUCACCGUCAUGUGUGAUUAUUUAACUCACUCGUUGUGUUUAAUGGACAGGUUUAGGACCUUAUAAACAGCAUGUACCGUCUCCAGAGCGCGGAAAAAAACACGAGAAAAUUGCGGAGUUUUGAGAGACGGAGGAAACCAAAGGAACGAUGAUUUUUAACGAUGAUAUUAAACACGGCAGACUCGUGAAGCUUCUGUCGGCCGUGUUUUACGCUGUCAGCUCGUUUCUCAUCAUCGUGGUGAAUAAAAGUAUUUUAACGCAGUACAGGUUUCCCUCGUACAUGUUUCUUGGAAUCGGACAGAUGGCAGCUACGAUCAUCAUCCUAUAUGUUGCCAAAAUGAACAAAACUAUCAGUUUUCAAGACUUUGACAGCAGUAUACCCAGAAAGAUUUUUCCGUUGCCUUUGCUGUAUGUUGGCAAUCACGUGACCGGUCUGGGCGGAACCAAGAAACUGAGUUUGCCAAUGUUUACUGUGCUCAGAAAAUUCACCAUUUUACUCACCAUGAUUAUGGAGUCAAGAAUAUUGAGGAAAAGUUUUUCACCUUGGCUAGUGUGCAGUGUUUUGGCUAUAGUUCUGGGGGCUUUGGUGGCAGCCAGCUCAGAUUUGUCCUUCAAUGCAGAAGGUUACACGUUUGUUCUGCUGAAUGACGUCUUUACUGCCGCCAGUGGCGUUUACACCAAAAAAACCCUUGGAACGGAGGGUUUGGGCAAAUAUGGAGUUUUGUUUUAUAAUGCAUUCAUCAUUAUCAUUCCCACUGUUUUGGCAAGCGCCUACACUGGAGAUUUACAGAAGGCUCUGACCUUUGAUGGAUGGUUAUCUUUGACUUUUGUAUUUUACUUUUUGCUGUCUUGUGUUAUGGGGUUUGUUUUGAUGUACUCUAUAAUCCUCUGCAGUUAUUAUAACACAGCUUUAACCACAACAGUCGUUGGUGCGAUUAAGAAUGUGGCUGUGAUGUACAUUGGCAUGUUUAUUGGGGGAGAUUAUAUCUUUUCAUGGCCAAACUUUAUUGGACUAAAUAUCUGUAUCUCGGCAGGAUUGAUAUAUUCCUACAUAACAUUUAACAGCCCGUCAGAAUCCAACAUGAAACCAGCAGAGGACAAACUACCGCUUCAUAUCACAGAUCAUCAUCAAAGUUCAGAGAAAAUAUGAUUCUGACAUUCGGUUCUGUGUCAGCAGAAAUCUUCUGUUCACUGUGAUGUGUUAUUUAUUUUUUUGAACCUUGGAAACGCAAAUGUUUAAAGAGAAUUACAGUGAAUCCAUAAUGUAUCAUAUUUGUAAAAUAAACACAACAACCAAGAUUGA